CCGGCGGUGAACUAUCUUGUCCGCGGCGACUCUUCAGCCUCUGAGCGGCCUGCCGACGUGGCGGGGCGGAACAGGAGCCGCUGGCACCGACCGGAUCACCAUGUCCCAGGCUGCAGACCCCUCCACAGACCCCACCCCUCCACCUGCCCAGCACCCCCACGCUGACCCUGACUCCUGCUCUGACGUCCCAGCGGCGCCCUCGGCCCCACCGCAGCCUGCUUUCAUCCCAGAGAGUGUGGAACUUCCACAGUCCACAGAGGAGACGGCUAAAGAUGACACCACCACCACCACAACCACAACUGACCCAUCGGUGGACCAAUCAGAGCCUCCCGCUGAGGGUCAUGUGAUUGAAUGCGACCAACCAGUGAGCCUGGAGCCGGACACCGACGCUGCAGAGGAGGAUGCAGAGAAGUCUCUCCAAGAGAAAGAAAAAGGUUGGGGAGGUUGGAGUUCAUGGGGGAAGUCUCUUCUGAGCAGUGCCACCUCUACUGUGGGUCAGAGCCUGACCUCAGUGAAGGUGAAGGCAGGAGAGGCUCUUCGUCUCCACAGGACCUCAGUAGGAGAGGAGGCGCAAGAGGAGGAGGACGGAGCAGAGGAGAAGGAAGAUGGAGGCGGUGAAAGUGGAGAGACGGACGUUUCCAGCUGUGGGGAGUCGUCUUCGCCAAAUGCUGCUGCAGCUUCUAGCAGAGGAGUUUUUUCUACAAUUACACACGCUGUGCAGAACACAGGUAAGUCGGUGAUCAGUGGAGGUCUGGAUGCCUUGGAGUUCAUUGGAAAGAAGACCAUGACUGUUCUUGCUGAAAGUGACCCAGGUUUCAAAAAGACCAAAACUCUGAUGCAGAAGACGGCUUCACUGAGUCAGAUGCUGAAGGAAGCCAAGGAGAAGGAGCGUGCACGUCUGAGUAAUCAGCCAAUCAGCGCUCCCACAGCUCACUACGGUAUUCUUUUUGAUGACUACCAAGGUUUGUCGCACCUUGAGGCCCUGGAGAUCCUGUCCAAUGAGAGCGAAGCGAGGGUCCAAGCCUUCCUCUCCUCUCUGGCGGAAGAGGAGCAGGAGGAGGUGAAGAAGGAGCUGAUUUUCAUUAAAGAGAUUUUCAUCAAGCAAGAAGAGGAGGAGGAGGAGGAAGGAGAGGGAGAAGCAGGAGGACAGACGAAGGAUAACGGUGAUCUAAGUUCCCAAUUACACUGUUCUACCCCCUUAUCUGCUGACGGCGAGGAGUUUGUAAGUGUUCUGACGGAGCUGCUGUUUGAGCUUCAUGUUGCUGCUACACCAGACAAACUCAAUAAGGCACGAAUGAGGGCCCACGACUGGGUGAGCGAGGUGGAACAGCCUGUCACUGCGGAGACAGUUGGCAGGGAAACGCAGGACCAGCCAAGAGGAGAGGCCUCGCCUGUAGAGAACAAAAAGGAGGAGACGAGGAAAGACGAAGAGGAGCAGAGGGACAAGAAGAGUGAGGGGGAGGAGACGAAGGCAGGAGAGGAGGAGGAGGAGAAGAAAGAGAAAGAGAGCAACCCCAGAUCUGUAGAGGCUGUCUACCUGUCAUCAGUCGGCAGUCUGGCCGAAGUGACGGCUCGCAGUAUCGAGCAGCUCCACAAGGUGGCAGAGCUCAUCCUCCACGGUCAGGAUCUAGAGAAACCUGCCAGAGACCAGGCACACAUCCUCACCAGGUUGACAUGCGCCAUGUGUAAGGAGGUGGACUGUUUGGCCAAAAAGUUCUCUGAUACGCUGCUUCUUGUCGGGGGUCAGAGGAAAGCAGAGGACUUGAAUCCACUGGUCGAUAGUGUGCUGCUGGAGGGCUCCAACAGCACCAAUUACAUCCAUAAUGCAUUCCAGCUGCUGAUGCCCAUCCUGCAGAUCUCCCACAUCCAGAGUCAACACUGCCGACCCGCCGCAGAUGCAGCACAGCAGAUACAGCAUUAACACACACAAACACACACUACCUGCUCACCAGCUUGUCUUAAUGUACCUAUUGUACAGUAAACUAUAGAGAAUAGACAUUCCACAUCAAGUGCUUUAACCUACAUUAAGUGCCAAACAGUAGAAACGGACAGAAGAUAUUGUUAUAUAUGGAGAAUAUAGCGAGAACAUAGUCUUUAAGAUAGCAAUUUUAAUUAACGGAUGUAUACAAAAGUGACCCACAUGCAGGAUGUAUGUGUGUCUCUACCAUCUUGUGUCUCUGAAUGUUAUUUUGUCCGUUUUGCCGUUGAUAUUUUUGCGUUAAAGAACCAAACGGUGUUCAAGCUCAGCGUAAACAAACAGCAAAUAUCAUCUCCAAAAGCUGAACCCAAAACAGAAAAAUACUGAUUGUAUUGAAGGGACUCUACAUUAAUGUAUAUUAAGCUUUCUUUGCACUCCUUAUGAACCGUUGGGAUUUCAACAGAAAGAGCAUUGACUCACGCUAGUGAAAACGUCUGUCCAGUUUAACUGUUUUAAUCUGGUUUGAGAUGAAGUGCCACUAUUAAUGAUUAUACACGGUAAUUUCUUGGUUGUUUUGUUUAUGUGUUAAAUUAUAUGAAGCAACACUACCUUGCAUUUCAGUUACAUCUAGUUUGGUUUUAAAAUGUUCUUUUUCCUUUUUUGCUUAAAGGUGCAGCCUAAGUGAAUUCAUCUCUACUUAUACUGUGUAUUUAAAACAAUAAUGCAACACACUGAGAAAUUUGUUUAGUCUCUUUUUGCAAAGAAUUAGAUGAGUGAUACCACUCUUUGUACAUGAAACAUGGAGCAGCAACCAGUUAGCGUAGCUUAGCAUGACGUCUGUAAACCAGGCUAACAGCUAGCUUGGCUACACAUAGCUAAGAAAUAUUAUGGAAUACAAAAAUCAUUUUAAACAGUCCCUGUAAAGCCACAGAAUGUCAUUUUUUUUAAUCAGUAUACUGAAGUUGUUAGCAAACAGUUGCUUAUUUAUACAUCCAGUGGUUUUGGAGCAACAUAAGAAAUGAAGCGCCACUCUUGUUUGGCUCCGUUUUUGGUCUUUAGAUGUUAAAUAUAUUAUUAUCUCAAUCAGAUAGUCACUAAAAAUGAGAUAAAACUCAUUAUAAACAAGUGUAAAGCCAAUUAGAGCUAAAACUCCAGGCCAUAAUUGCCUUUAAGCCACCUCAGUCAUAUUGUCACAUUGUUUUUACAUUGUCAUUUCAAACAUAAUUAUUAUAAAAACAUGAAUUGUAGCUGCUUAAAUGCACAAGUUAUUUGGGUAGUAUGUUAACAUGUGAGCUUUAAAGAUGCUGGUAAGUGGAUUUUGUUGCUUUCAGACAAAGCUAAGCUAGCUGUUUCCUCCCCUUACUGGGCUUAAUGCAGGGUUGCCAGGUCUGUGUGACAAAACCUGGACAGUAGCAAAACUCAAACAACGUGUGUAUGUGCUGAUCUGGAAUUCGUGUGGUAGGAUUUGCGCAUAAAUGAGUAUUUCAACAAAAAUGUGGAUUCUUAUUGAUACUGUAGAUGUUAUUCAUGUAAUUAGUAUGCUAAAUUUGUUCACAUGACCUCUGGGAAAAAAAUCUAACUCUUCAGAAAUGGCCCAAUUCUGCAUUAAAACCACAGACCUGGCAACUCAGUCUUUAUGCUAAGUUGAAUCUUUUCUGGUGUUUCGUAUGUCAUGUCCUUUGUCGGAUUUCAGAGCAAACACUCCAAGGAAAACAUUUAAUUCAAGUAGAUGUUUUUUUAAUUUAAUUUUGUCCUUCAUAUUAAAGCCUUAAACAGCUUUGCCAGGAUCUAGAUUUCUAUUCUUGUUGCUCCCCAGAGAUGCAUAUCGCAACCAUUUUACAUUUUUUCUUUGACCACUGUUUCUUCUGACUGUGGAAUUAGAUUGCUUCUUAACUUCCAGCCUGCAGCUAUUUAGAUCUCUGAAAGAUAAGUACUCUUCUUACUUCUGCCCUUUCAGAGAUGCAUUCGGCAGGCAAGAAAGCUAUUAAGCAAAGAAAAUAUUAGUCAGUCCUGUCAAAAUGUUUUGGCUCCUUUCAGCUGUAACCAGAUGGGGCGAGGCUGUUUAUCAGCUUUGCGUCUCCCUUAGAGCAAAAAAAAUGAUUUGUAUUGCAGACUGAAAAAUGUUUGAAGGCCUUUCAUUUAUUUAACUUUGGACAGUUUCCUAAUGUGUUAAGACUGUCUUCUAAUAAAGCGCCCUAAGACUGUUUGAAAUGUGAUGUAGAAAAUAAACAAGCUUUAACCAUC